CAGAACGGAACCAAAUCGGCACAUGCGGGUUAGCGCGCAGGGAGUCAUCGGCAGGAGGAACGGCGACCCCCGCCGAGGCCUCUGGGAAACGUAGUUUCAGCCCCGAAAACCACUAGACCUGGGGUAGGGGGCUGAAGGGCAGGGCCUUAUCUGCGCAGGCGCGCAAUGUUGUUCUCGGCCCGGCGCUGGUGCAGGAGCUCGUGGCCAAUUCGCCUUCUGGAAACAGGAGUCUGGGAAGUAGAAGUGCUGCCCCCCUCGGACUUGUGGGGAUUCAGCUCUGCGGUUCCCAGGGCAACGCGCAAGCGCAGUUCAGACCCCGGCUGCAGACUCCAGCUCAUUGUGUUCUGCCUGCGAUGUGGCGGUUGCGGUCUUUUGCCGCCUGCACAGGUUCCUCGAAGGGCAACUCAGUGGUGACCAGGCACGGUGGCCACAGCCGCAUGGGAGAGCGGGAGCGGCGGUGCAGUGGUCGGGCCCGGGGACAGGGAAAAGGGAAAGCCGAGCAGGUCUGGGUUGUGGUCCGUUCUGGAGGACGCUGAUCUGAUGCCCCAAACUUCCCGGGAUGUAUGGCUGAGGUUUGCUUCCAAAGAGAAGGAGGGAGGACGGCCAGGUGUGGGCUCUCGGGUUUAGAGUACGAACCUGCGAGUGCAUGUGGAGGAGGAUGCGGUCAGGGCCUCUGGCGUGUGUCUUGGAGCCGACGACGGGUAGCCCGUUUAUGCUCCGGGAAUACAUGCCCCGGUAGGAUUCGGAGCCCUGUAUGCGGGACUCGCGGGCCGGGGCAGCGCUGGGUAGCCUGUGCAGCCGCUCCCCGGGGACCUGGCAGAGGGCAGGACGGGAGGUUGCGUGGAUUAGAUUGCUAGCCCCCCACCCCCUCAACAAAUACACUGCUUCUCGCCCACCUUUGACUCUAGGUCAUCCAAACUGGGCCCCAGAGGGGGAGAGGCCUGAGGCCAGACAAGGGCUUGGCCUGAGAGAGGUGGGCAAUGAAGAUCCAGCCUUCCUAGCUUCCUUUUUGAGAAAGAAGACGACCCUCCUUCCCCACUUCCUCCCCUCCCCUGCCCUCCCAGGAUUAGGCAGCUGUCCAGGCAGGAGACACACUUCUCUUGAGACCUCUCAGCAUAACUUAAGGGCGAAGGCCAGAAGGUGGGUAGAAAGCAUGAGAACUGGGGCUGGAGGGUGGCUUUGGCCAGGAGAAGUCAAUGUAUUUAAGAUAGAAAAGGAGGAUUUGUCUCCGAUGCUAGGGGAAAGAUGUGGGGGGAAAGUAGUAGCAUAGUGAGUGAGUCCCUUUACAGUGGAGGUGAGCAGAAAUACCCUCCGAAGAAAGAGAGAAUUGGGAGCAAAGAGGGACGAAGAAUUCACUGCUUGGGAUAUUGGACGCCUCCCAGGAUAUGAAUGCUCACAGCAUUGCUCUGGACUGCUGUGUACUAUCUUUUGAUCCAGUCCUCUCCUCAAAGUUUCCAGCCUGAGGAGCCCUGCUCUCCUUGUCCUUAAACGGGCUCAUCAGAGAAGAAGGAAUGGCAGUCAGCCGCCUGCCAACCAUGGCCCAGGUGAGUGGGGAUUUGCUAUGGGGUCCCUCCAGAUUGCCUGAGAAGAUUUGAAUCUGGAGGUUUGAAGAGUGUGAGCAUGUUUCUUUCCCUGACCAGGAGCUUUUCUCCCAAUCCAGUCUCGCUCAGAGGCUGACCCAGUUGCUCCCCGCCCCCCACCAUAUUGAGCUUGUCCCAGUGGAUGUUGGAGCUAAGUAUCCUGCUAAAGGUAUUGUCAGUGACACAACAGGAACUGGAGCCCACGUUGGUCCAAAAUGGAAACCUGUACUCUUUCCACUGGCAAGUAAGAUUAGGGUUGUAAAGCAGUAAAGGCAGUGCCUGACAUAGGAGUUGAGAGAAGAGAGGAAUUCUGACACUUUCUUGGGGAGGUGGGGUUGACUGCACUCUUUUUUAAAAUGACAUUUGGCUUUUUACUCCAGAGGAAUUUUAGGUACCAAUGAAAUCGUUCAAAUGGUUUGUUUUCAAUUUCAGUAAAUUACUAAAAAGCUUUGAGCAGUGCCAGCCUGUUUAGAGUAAGAGUGUGGACUCCACUUUGAAGGAGAUAGCAUUUGAAUGUAUGAAUUCUGAUGAAUUUGGUAAAAUUAUCUAAUUCCUUCACAUUUAAGCCUGUCCAGGACAGGAAUCUGUGGCAGAAAUCGUUGGAAGGGGUGAGCAGCCAGUUGAGGGUGCUGUGUUCAACCCAGUGGCAGCUCACUGGCUGCUCACCCUCCUCCUCCUGGUUUCUGACUUGUUCUUUAGGACUCAUCCUAGGCACCACUUUUUCUGUGAACCCUGUCCGCACGAUGCCAGUCCACUGUGAAAUUUCCGUGCCCUAGCCUUUUCCUCAAACUCGUUGGUGUCACACAUUUAUCUCCUGUUUACAGGCUGCCUUGAUUUGGUUGCCAUUCAGCAGACCUCUUUCAGGGAUGUAAAACGUGCCGGGUGCUGUGAUCCGUGCAGGUGAUACAAAGGUGGACAGUGGUCCCUGGCAAACUGGUUCAUGGGUUGAAUCCAGUAAGUGUUUCUUGGUUGCCUACUUUGUGCAAGGCUCUGGGUGCAGGUGAUAGAAACCCAGCUCAGACUGUCUUAAGCAAAAGUAGGCUUUUCUUGGAAGGGUACUGGUAUAUCUCCCACGUAUUUUUCCAAAGGCAAAGAUGCAAUUGGAUUUUGGCUAUGGAAAUGGAGUCUAGAAUAACCUAAAAGUCCUUUCUCUUGGACCCUUGGCUUUCUUCUCUGGGCUUCUGCUUAACUCUUCUUUCUCAGUGCACAGCAGCUCCCUUGGCCUCUCAGGCAUUAGUUUCCAAGGACGGCGCUAGUUGUGAUCAGAGAGAGAGGCAAGGUCACAUUGCCCAGAACGACUGUUUCCAUGGGAACCGUGUAUGUGUGUUGGGGGUGAGCAGGUGAGCAACUGAAAGAAGCAGGAGUUGCUGAGCAACAAAUAAUAGGUGCUAGGUGCACACGCCAUGUUCUGGAAGACAUGCUGGGGAGAAGGGAGAUGUGGAGACAGUCACAGCUUCCUGGAGUUCACAGUCCAAGGGAACGGAAAGCUCACAUCAAGUGGGACCGAGCGUUGAUGGACCUGCACAGGAAUCGGUGACCUUCAAGGAUGUGGCCGUGCUCUUCACCUGGGACGAGUGGGCGCAGCUGAGCCCUGCUCAGAGGGCCCUGCACAGGGAGGUGAUGCUGGAGAACUACAGCACCCUGGUCUCGCUGGGACUCUUAGGACCUGAACCAGAUAUGCUUUCACAGCUGGGAAAAGGGGGAGUUUGGAUGCCAGAGGACGCCUCGAGAUGCCUCUGUCUUGACUGGAUCACUAUGCCUGUAGGUAGGAAAUCUACUCUCAAGGCAGAUAUUCCUGAAGAAGGAUUGGAUCGGUGGGUGAUAAAGGAGAGACUCACUAGAGAUGGUCACUGGAAAUGUGACAGCCUAUUGGAACGUCAGCAUAGAGGCCAGGAGAUGAAGUUGCAGCAAGCGGUACUCGCUCACCAGAAAACCUUGUCUGUGGUUAGUGACCAGGAAUGUGAUGAACCUGGGAAGUGCUGCACCGUGAGCUCAUCUUUUGUUCAAAGUCAGGGAUUACAGUCUAGCAAAAAAGCCUUUGAGUGUAGUGAGUGUGGAAAAGUUUUCACUAAGAGUUCAGUCCUUAAUAAACAUCAGAAAACUCAUACUAAUAAACUUAAUGCAAAUCAGAAAACUCUUAUUAAAGAGAAACGAUAUGAAUGUAGAGAAUGUGGGAAAGCCUUUCACCAGAGUACACACCUUAUCCAUCACCAAAGAAUUCACACUGGUGAGAAACCAUAUGAAUGUAAGGAAUGUGGAAAGGCCUUCUCAGUGAGCUCCUCACUUACAUAUCACCAGAAAAUUCAUACUGGAGAGAAACCUUUCGAAUGCAACUUAUGUGGAAAAGCUUUUAUCCGAAAUAUCCACCUUGCCCACCAUCACAGAAUACAUACUGGAGAGAAACCUUUUAAAUGCAACAUAUGUGACAAAGCCUUUGUGUGCAGGGCACAUCUUACCAAACACCAGAAUAUUCAUAGUGGAGAGAAACCCUAUAAAUGUAAUGAAUGUGGGAAAGCCUUCAAUCAGAGUACCAGUUUUCUUCAGCAUCAGAGAAUUCACACUGGAGAGAAGCCCUUUGAAUGUAAUGAAUGUGGAAAGGCCUUCAGGGUGAACUCUUCCCUUACUGAACAUCAGAGAAUUCAUACUGGAGAGAAACCUUAUAAGUGUAGCGAAUGUGGGAAAGCUUUCAGGGAUAAUUCAUCGUUUGCUCGACAUCGGAAAAUUCACACUGGAGAGAAACCAUACAGAUGUGGUUUGUGUGAGAAAGCCUUCAGGGACCAGUCAGCCCUAGCCCAGCAUCAGAGAAUUCACACUGGGGAAAAGCCCUACACGUGUAACAUAUGUGAGAAAGCCUUCAGUGACCACUCAGCCCUCACUCAACACAAGAGAAUUCACACUAGAGAAAAACCCUACAAAUGUAAGAUCUGUGAGAAAGCCUUUAUCCGAAGCACACACCUUACUCAACAUCAGAGGAUUCACACAGGAGAGAAACCCUAUAAAUGUAAUAAAUGUGGGAAAGCUUUCAACCAGACUGCCAACCUCAUUCAGCAUCAGAGACAUCAUAUUGGAGAAAAGUGACGUGACGGGAGUGUAGAUGGAGGAGCUUUAAGACUGAAUUUAUGAGUUAUUAAAUGUAAGCGAGUCAUUCUAGAGAAUAACCAGGAACACUACAGUGAGACAGUCAUUUUAUUUACUGAGAGUCAAGCUUCACGAUAUUGUGGGUUUUGAGAGUUUAGGAAUGGCAAACCCUCCUCGUGGUUCAGUGCUGCCUCAAUUGAACACCAGUGCUGUUUAAUAGUCUGAAUUACCAAGUGUCAGAACCAAAAUGGAUCUUCAUUGACAACCUAGAAAUUGGUUUAUCAAAUUUAUGUUUUGACUGUUAAGACAAAUUAUAAAAUUGUAAAAAUUAAGGUUGAGAAGCAAAGGAACACAAAAGUAAGAAAAUGGCCUACAAGCAUUUUACUCUACUUGCUUCUCUUAUAUAAGAGGAUUCCCACCUCAAUGGAACCCUCUGUUCUCCACACCCACACUCCCGAUGCCCAGUGUAAAGACGCGCAGCCACCCUGGUCAGCCCAGGACUUACUUGAAUUAUGCUCCCCGCCUUCUGCUUCAAGCCAUGUGGGGCCAGGUCUCCCUGGGCUAUGUGUCCACUGCUGCUUACCUGUAUUCUCCUUCUGAGACACUUCAUUUGAAUGGCAUGUCCCUCUUUUGCUUUAGCAACUCCUAAGUGGUAACAUUGUGUCACUUAUUACCAUCCCGUUUGCCCUUGGGGAAUGUGGUGAUCUGAUCUCAUACACAGUCCAUGAUACUGGGUGUUGCAGUCAAACCCAGCUUUCAGAACUUGGGACCUCUGUCUGGGAGGCAGAGGUUAAUCAAAAUCUUGAGUUACCCACUUCCUCUGGGCCUCAGUUCGACUCUAACCCUGGGACGAUACCUAAAGCAGGGCCUUAGUCUGUGUGGAUACCCUCCAAUUCUGCACUGCAGUCUACACACAGCAGUCAGGGCAUGCGCAGCUUCAGGUGUGGCGAUCCCAGCCACCUAGUGGUGUCCCAGGCCACCUCCACUUCUGGGACUUGGCAUUUCUUGAUGUGCAACUGCAUGAAAGGUUGGAACCCCAAGGCCAGCUCCCAGAAGGCUCUGACCCACUCUCUUCCCCUCAGCUGGGCUGUCCUCUGUGUCCCCUGCAUUAGAGUGUAUUUGUUACUACUGGGAUAUUGACCUGCUGCAUCCUAGUUCUUGCCCUACUUUUGUCCAGUUUUCUGAAGGUAUUUACUCUGUUCACAGGAAAGGCAGAGAGCUUUGAAUUUCUGCUUUUGGAUUUGAAAGUAGCCAUUCCUUCUCCGGCCGGGUAUGGCACUCCUUAAAGACUCUCCCAUCCUUACAGUGGUGGGCGACAUGUUGAAUGAUUCUACAGGUCAAGAAGUGGUCAGCUACACUGUGACAUUCUCUGGCAGGGGCAGUGUCCAUGCUCAGAAGUUUGAUUGAGACUCUAGUCCUACAGGUCCAGUCUCCAUCUUUAAACCUUCAGUGCUUUCAGUGGAAAUCACAGAUAAAAUAACAUCUCUGUGCCUUCACACACUCAGCCUCUGGUGGCAUUCUCCCCUUCCGCUCCACAGAGAAUGGGGAGCCCACACCACUGCAGGCUGGAACACAUCAUGUAAUGAAGAUGGAAGAGCAAGUAAACUGUCAUUCCAGGAAGCAAAGUGGCAGGGUGCUGGCCUGUGGAACAGCUGUCCAUCAGGUUGGGCAAUCUGCUGGCCCCUACACAUGCUGCACCUCAGCUCCAAGGCUCAGAAGAGGCUGUUGUCCAUCAUGUUGGAGUCAGUCCCUGCUGCAGACACCUGCCUUCAGUGCUAUCCGUGUGGCCUGCCUGGUCCUGACUGUCACUCUCUCACCUUGAAUCCCUGAGAAAUACAUUGCCAAUUUGUUGUUCAUUUUGUUUGUUAUUAACAAGAGCUGUCGCCACUUGGUCUGUGCCUGCAGUUGAGCCAAGACCUGCUGCCGCUUUAAGGGCUCCAUUCAUCGCAGUGACAGCCCCAGGAGCUGUUCCUCCACCCGAACCAGUGCAGUCUGAAGCCCUCCAUCUGGGAUCAGUCCAUGCUCCCUGAGCCCACCUCCUAGCAGGCUUGGGUCUUCAGGGAAUUCGACUCUGAGGUGCCUGUUCACUCGUCCCUGUCUGGAGGGAUGAGCUGGGCCAGCCUGGAUACACUCAUGGGACUGCUGCUGGACCAGGCCAUUAGCUCUGGCUCGGUGACAUUCUGCCAUAUGAUCAGCACCUCACUGCGUGACUUUCUCAACCAUAGGCAUCAGCAUUUUCCUGGGUGCUAUUCUGUACUUUUCUAAUCUGAAGUAGUAUGGCUCUCUGGGCAGUCGGACCUCCCCCAGCAUCACCUUUGGCUGACCCCUAAAAGUGCAUUUUUGAGAACCCUGAAUUAAAGAUCCUCAGCUACCUUCUCUUCUGCCAACUGAUCUGCAUGGUGUUAGACAAGAUGUUGGCAAUUAUUGGGAGGGACUUUACCCCACCCUCAGCCAGGUUAAUCCCAAGACAUCCAGAGAGUCCUAGGAAGAGGAGUUCAUUGCAUACCUCACUUUUCUAGUCUUACUGAUUGACCACAUAGAGGCUGACUGUGACAGACGGUCAGGACCACUCUUUGGGACGCUUCAGGGUUACAGAGUUUGCAAGCUGGUAACGUGCUGCCCUCAGCACAUCCAGAUGAUCCCCCACUACUUCCUGCCCCACGUGGUGCACAGACUUCCUGGUAUACCCACAACUAUGCUAUCUCAAGAUGACGAAUCUGCAUGUGGCAGAGGGACUGCUGAACUUACAUGCGAGCCAGUCUCCCCAGCCCCCUCACCUGGACUAUAGAAAAAGCUAUGAGCCAGAGAAGCAGACCUAGGACCCCCCUCCCACAUCAGAGCUCUCCUGGCGUACUUUGGAAUUGUCCAGGGAGCAAACCCAUUGGAGGUGCCAACCCUGCUCUGCCCAGGGGAAGGGGUUUCAGUAGAGGGUUAGCAUCUAGACUUAUAGUCUUCAAUGCCUGUGGGCUCCCAUGAACAGCUGCUGAAACUGCCUGCUCUCGAGGGAAAAAAAAUUGCUCCAAGUUUCCCCUUUCAGUUUCCUCGAAUCCCUCUCUCUCGUCAGGUCUUCCUCAUCUCCAGCUGAUUGGUUCUACACCUAGCUUCUCCCCAUCCACCUGGGUCUGCCCAGCCUUGACAGCGGCAUCUCCGUGAGGUGGUGCCCUCCUCCAUCUCCAGCACUGCUCUGCCACGGCACCUUGGCCGCCGCAGACUCAGGCUUCCAGCUCACUGUGCGUGAGCAGCAGAGGCUUGGGUCAGAAGACCCCUGAACUGCAUGCAUGCCUUUGGUUGGGAAAACCCUUCCCCUAAGCAUGGAUUGAGUCCAAGAACAGGCGUCUGAUUCCUCUCGAUUCAUUCCUGUUGCCCCUGCUCCUCACACUGCCCUCCCGUUUGCUGCUGGACCAGCCAGCAGGACGACAUGGAGACAAGACACACCCGCCCUGCUUCAUCCUGCAGAAGGAGGGUUCCCAGCUUCGCAGCCCACCUCCACUCCUGCUGAAUAUGUUUUUGGUAGUAUUUUUACUUUUAAUAUUUUUAUACCUGUUUAUGAAGGAGAAAAAAUAGAAGGCUUGAUUGUUUGCCAUCACUGAAGCACUUCUCAGUUGUGCUACCACUCAUUGUCCACAAGUGCCAGGAUUUGGUCACCCGGACAUAUCCCUCCUUGUUCUGUGUGUUACCCUACACACCACACAUCACUGUCCUUAAAAAAUCGUUGCCAUAAGAAUUAUUAUCACUGUGUUUUUCUGAAAAUAAAUGAGGAAAGUUCCUGGUGUUCCAAGAUGUA